AUGUCGCUUCCCGUUGCCACAGCCUUGAUUGGCGCCGUGCUCCUGGCUUGUGCCAGUGCCAGUGGCUUUGGCGGCCAUCCGCCCAACUUUGUCAUCUUGCUGGCUGACGACCUUGGCUAUGAAGACGUGAGCCUCUUUGGCAGUCCUUCCAUCUACACGGUACGCCUGCGCCAGCCCAGUGACGGUCGCCUGCACGUGCGCCAAGUUGUGCUUCACUACGGCCCCCAUGCCUCGGCUCUGGAGGAGGCAAGGCUGGCCCAUGACAGGGGCAUGUCCUCACACUGUUCGAUUCUAAAGCAGGCUUAUGCCAGUGCAUCGGUGUGCACGCCCUCACGAAGUGGCAUCAUGACCGGGCGUGUUGCUGCGCGAGAUGGUAUCUACACCGACAUUCUGCGGCCUCAGCUGCGUGUGUUCUUUUCGUUCUCCGAUGGUGGUUUGCCCAACCGCACCACACUGCCCGCUGUUUUGAAGAAGGCCCCCAAACCUUAUCGCAGCAAGCUGGUGGGCAAGUGGCAUCUGGGGCACAAACAUUCAUUGCCCACCCAGCGUGGCUGGGAUGAGUUCUAUGGCAUCCCUUAUUCAAAUGACAGCGGCUUUGCGGAUGUGCCAAUUCUGAAUCGAGUCAUUCCUCCUAUUCCUCUGUACCAUAACGAGGAAAUUAUUGAGCAGCCAGCUAGCUUUGACACACUCACGGACCAAAUGACGGAGCAGGGCAUCGACUUUUUGCAGGCACGACAACAGGACUCGGACCCUUUUCUGCUGAUGAUGACGUACUACCAGCCUCACGUGCCACAACACCCCGCUCCACGUUUCCGGAACACGUCACUGCGUGGCAUUUACGGUGACUCGGUUCAAGAGAUGGAUGCCAGCGUGGGUCGUAUUCUUGAAACACUGGAUCAACUCAACCUGACGCAAAAUACGGUGCAUGUGACGGCUACUGCUUGUGUGUGUGUGUGUGUGUGUGUGUGUGUGUGUGUGUGUGUGUGUGUGUUCUGUGACAACGGGCCCUGGGUUCAGGAGCAGACGCAUGGUGGCUCACCGGGACCCUUUACUGGUGGCAAGGGCACCACCUGGGAGGGUGGUCUACGCGUGCCAACCAUGGUGCGGUGGCCCGCUCACGUGCCCGUGGCCUCUAUCAACUACAAUGUAUUUUCCCACUUGGACAUUGUGCCUACAUUUGCUGAGCUGGCGGGCGUGAAGCAGGAUGCCGUGCCCUUGGAUCUUGAUGGCACUAGCUUUGCGCAGCAGCUGGUCAACACGACGUACGAGGAUGCCAACAAGUCGGUCAUCUACAUGUAUGGCCGCACCGUGAUGGCUCUGCGACGGGGACGAUACAAACUGCAUCGUUUCACACGGUGUGCCUAUUGCGACGAACCGCCUCAAGCGGCUGAACCACCGUUGGUGUUUGAUCUGCUGGUGGACCCCGGGGAGAAGAUGGCCCUCAACGUGUCGGCCCAUGCCGUCUUGGUUGACUCUUUGUUGGCUGAAUAUCAGCGCGUCGUUGAUGGACUGGCAAACAUUCCCGACCCGGAGCUGCAGAAGCUGGACAUGCUGGCUGGACCAUGCUGCAGCACACAGCCCUGGGAUAAGCCGUGCUACACCAAUGCAACCAACAGCACACCGACGGGGGAGCGCAGCGCCGCGCACUGGAUUUCCUCACGGCCACAAACGCUUUCGGACGUGAUUGGCAUGACCUCGAGCGUGGCCACUUCCUUGGGCUGGGACGCUAACGAGGUCAUUCCGCGGGCCUUUGCGCGCUUUGUCGCCUUGUGGGAGCGCGAGACCCAGGCUGCGGAUCAAGCUUGA